GUAAGUACCUCAUCCGCAUCUCAACACAAGGAUCCAACUCGUGAUCAUACCUAUUUCUGUAAUAAAAUACUAGAACAGUAUCCUAAUUUAUAUAAAGAUGGUAAUGAACAGCGUGAAAUUGAAAUUGAG